GGAGAGACGGGGAAGCAGCCAGAGCCUGAACCUGAGCCCGAGCCCGAGCCCGAACCCGAACCUGAGCCCGAAGAAACGACGGCCCAGCCGCAAUCCGAAACCAGGCCCGAAGAACCGGAGGAGGCUACAGAGAAGGAGGAAAAAGUAGAGACGGAGGAGAAAGAGAAGGGGGAGAAAGAGGAGGACGAGGAGGACGAGGAGGAGGACAAAGAGGAGGAGAGAGCGGCGGCAAAGAAGACGACGACGACUAAGAAGAAAGCCCUGUCUAGGGACUCUGUGCAGUUAUCCACUACCCGCGAGGAUGCUGCUCCAGCCCCAGCGACUGAAAGAGAGGAACCUAAGCAAGAGGAGGAAGAGGAAGAGAAGGAAGAAGAGGAGGAGGAGAGUAAGGUAGAGAGUGCUGAAAGAAAGGAGAAAAGCAAGGAAAGGCAGAAAUCUUCCCUACUGGGCUCAGUAGACUACCACGACCAAGAGUGGUCGGAGGAGGUGCAGAAACUGGAGGAGCAGCAGCUUCGCAAUGAGCUCUUGGAGCAGUACAACACCCUGGUGGUAGAGCGGAACCGCUAUCAGCGCUACAACGUGUACCUUCAGCACAAGAUCUGUGAGGUGCUGCGCAAGAAGAAGGGCGUGGAAGCAGUGGAGGCGCCAGAUAAGGGCCCAGAGCCCGAGGCCCCCGAGAAAGAACAGGCAUAUUUGCACUACCUGGCCAUGCUGGAGGACAUGAAGAAGCAAGAGGCCGAUGACCUGGAAUGGUAUCACCAGGAGCUGGCCCAGCUGAAGCAGCAGUGCCAGGAGAAGGUGGCCAGGGUAGAGAAGGAGUGGCACCGAUUCCAGGCACUCAAGAAGCAGGUGGUGAUGCAGGCCAUGGGCAGCUGCCGCAUGCGGGGUGGGCGCCAGGCUGCACUUCGGGAGGUGGAGCAGAUCCAGGCCUUGGAGGAUAAAAAGGAGAAGGAGAUGAGUGCUGUGCGGCUGGAGAAUGUGCAGCUGAAGCAAAGCCUGUCUCAUUUUGAAACCAGAAUGAAGGCCCAGGAGGACUUGACUGAAGGUCUGCUCCUCAUUGAUUUUGAACAGCUUAAGAUUGAGAACCAGACCUUCAACGAGAAAGUGGAGGAACGAAAUGAGGAACUUUUAAAACUGCGCAACAAGAUGACCAACAAUGUGCAGAUAAUAACGCAUGUGAAGGAAAAGCUGCACUUCAUGGAUAUGGAGAAUGCAUGCAGAAAGGCACAGCUUUUGGAAAUUGAGGCUCAGGUGGCUCUAGGAAGGGACAUCCUGACCAAGACCAAGCAAGCCCGAGACAGCCUGAGGGGUGACAACAUCAAGCUGAACCAGAAGUGCGGCCUUCUGGGCAAGGAAUCACUGCUUCGGGACUUGGAAGAAAAGAUGGACAAGACUGAACUACUCAACCAGCGCCUAGAAUCCCUUAAGCGCCAUCACGCUGGGCUUACUUUAUCCUGCAAAGGUAUGAGGCAGAAGAUCAGGGAAGCCAAAGCCUUCCUCCCCCCCCUGAUAUGGUGGACGAAUAGAGGCAGCAAAACAUUGUCUCAUCCACUUUUACUUUCCCUUGUUGCUAUCCUUAAGAGGCCUAUGAUCUCUGGUUUAGGAAUCAUGAUGUUUUUCUCAUUUUUCAGCUUCAAAACUAGUGCUGACCACAAAAUUUGGUUAGCAAUUUUACAUGGGAUGAAGCAAUAGACCCAGAGAAACAAAAAUGGAGUGAUUUAAUGUAACGUGACUUCUCAGGAAAAACUAAAAAUUAAGAGUUGAACAAUUCCAUAAUUUCAGUAACUUAGUACUAAAGAACACUGUUCCUCUUCUAUGUAUAAGUAGGUGAAGUUCAACAAGUGGGCAGAGUACCGAAAAAUCUGUGCUUAAGCAAAUUAUUAAAUUCUCUUUGGAUUUAUUAA